CGUUGCACACGUUUACAACGUGACCUUUCGACACUUUUUUUUUCGAUGAGCACGGAUGUAAAUUGAAUUCAGACUGACACAAAUGUAAGACAUUCAAUGGAAUAUUACCACGAUUAUAUGACCCAUUCUGUCCUUGUUGAGAGUGGACCUUAAUUGCAGUUUGUAUUAUUUUUUUGGAACAUAAACACAGUCGCUUUCUAUCUUGUCUGCACGUCGAACGGUAUUUCUUCCUCUCCUGAUGGACAGUUCUGGAACUUUAAAUAUAACGACGUGAGUGUCAACAUCUUGACUCCAUAUGCAUGUAUCAUCAAACCAUUGAAAUGAUGAGGUUUAUCACACCACCGCUUUUGAACGAGCUGCGGCGGCGUCUCUCGCUGUUAUCCACUGUCGCAAAUAAACAGCUACCACUCACCUGCCUUCUCCCACCCCACCACUCUGCACCCCUAAAACGGCCUCUCUAUACUGGGGCCACACUAAGAAAAGACGUACCCCUCCCUCAGUCUAAAGAAGAUCAGACUGAAGAGAAACUGGACCUGGACAUAUGGAAGUCUGUGAUGAGGUUUCAGGUCCCAGCGGUGGAGGCGGAGAAACAGGGAGGUGGUGGUGCUGCUCCUUCAGGACCAGGAGGAGGUGUUGCAGGGCAGGAGGAGGUCUCCCCACUGGAGGCCACCAGAGAGCUGAUAGUGAUGUGGCGUCAGGCUGGGAAGCUGGUGCCAGAGAUCAUGACUGACGAGGAGCUGGGGAUCCUGGCCGAGUUCCAAACCAAGUCCUCCAAGAAGAAGUAUCUGAAGUACCUGGCCAUCAAGGAGGGCCACAAGAACAACCACAAGCAGAAACAGGAGAAGAAGAAGGCAGAGAGGAGCGAGAGGUUUCUGGAGGACGAUAGGAUCAGGCCUGGCGGUGUGAGAGGAGAGGAGGGUGAACUGAGGAACACUUUCCUUCUCCAGUUCUGGGGUCGUUCCCUGGACAAGCUGCUGGGUUGGAGGUCGGCCCAGGCCAUGGUGUUCGGCCAGCCGCUGGUGUUCGAUAUGUCCUACGAACAGCAGAUGGCGCGUCGGGAGGUGGAGAACACUGUGUCCCAGCUGAUGGAGGUGGAGGGGUGGAACCGCCGAGCCCCGGACCCCUUCCACCUACACUUCUGUAACUUGCAGCCGGACGGUUACCACAGGGAGCUGGUUAAACGCUACGGCGCCGAGGCCUGGGAGCGCCUCCUCAUCACCUCCACAGAGCGACGUCACGUGGACCUGUUCCCCCGGGACGACCUGGUCUACCUGACGGCUGACUCCCCCAACGUCCUGCGUACCUUCGACCACUCUAAGGUCUACAUCGUGGGCUCCAUGGUGGACCGCUCCAUCCAAUCAGGGCUCUCCCUGGCCAACGCCAAGCGUCUGCAGCUGAAUACGGCCCGUCUGCCACUCGAUGACUUCCUCCAAUGGGAGACGGGGGCCAAGAACCUGACCCUGGAUCAGAUGAUACGCAUCUUGCUGACACUGAAGGAGAGCGGGAGGUGGGAGGAGGCGCUGGAGCACGUACCCAAGAGGAAACAUGAUGGAUUCUACCAGGAGAAACCCCAGCAGGACAGAGACAGAGGCUCAGAUAAGGACAGGAGGUUUAGUGGCAGAACCAGAGGACACAGGGUUCAGGGCUGGGGACAGUGACCAAGCAAUCAGGACUGGAGACAGAGGAGACAGUGACAGAGCAGUCAGGACUGGAGACAGAGGAGACAGUGACAGAGCAGUCAGGACUGGAGACAGAGGAGACAGUGACAGAGCAGUCAGGACUGGAGACAGAGGAGACAGUGACAGAGCAGUCAGGACCGGAGACAGUGACAGAGCAGUCAGGACUGGAGACAGAGACAGUAUGGAGGAGUGGAGACAGAAACAGAUGAAUGGUGUGGUCAGAGAGAGAGGAUCCACUAGAAGACAUAGAGACAGUGUAUUCAGUAGCAGAGACACGGUAGCAGUCAGUAAGGAAGCAGCAGGGGAUGCAGAGAACAGACAGACCACCACCAGGGUACGGACAUCACUAAAAACCAAGAUGGAGGAUCGGAACAGUACAGCCAAGAGCAGGAAGAAAUUGCAGGAGGAAGAGUAGCCUUAUUGGGCCAAAUAUUCUGAGACAUUUCUCCUCUGAAUGUUCUUCAGUUUCACCCUGUUGUGUUAAUGGAUUCAGAGAUGACCUGAUGAAAAGCACUUCUAAAUGCCUUGAACACCUGACAGGUGCGGCAUAUCAAGACGCUGAUUAAACAGCAUGAUCAUUACACAGGUGCACCUUGUGCUGGGGACAAUAAAAGGUCCAGUUCGGCAACAGCUCCAGGUGGACCAUGAACAUAAACA